CGAAACGUGUGUGGAAUAAAUACAGUUUAGACGCACUAAACUCAAACCAGAAUCUCAAAACCCAAAUGCAUGGUUCGAUUCAAAACAUUGCUAAACACACCCCCUCUCACCAACAAACAACAAUGUCUCUCUCUCCUCAACUCUUGCCAUUCCAUCAACCAUCUUCAUCAACUCCAAGCACAAAUUCACCUCAACUCCCUUCACAACGACACCCACUUGCUCUCAGAAUUCGUCUACUUUUGUUCCCUCUCUCCCUUCAAAAGCCUCACCCAUGCACGUAAACUCGUUUAUCACUUUUCCAACAACUCAUCGCCGAUUUCAUGGAACAUUCUCAUCAGAGGCUAUUCAUCAAGUGAUUCUCCAAUUGAAUCCAUCUGGGUUUUUAAGGAAAUGCGAGAAAGAGGUGUUAAACCUAAUAAGCUUACUUUUCCUUUUGUUUUCAAGUCUUGUGCGGUGGAUUUGGCGUUAUUCGAAGGGACUCAGGUUCAUUGUGAUGCUGUGAAGUUUGGUUUGGAUUCUGAUGUUUAUGUUUGUAACAAUUUGAUUAAUUUUUAUGGGUGUUGUAAGAAGAUUGUUUACGCGCGGAAGGUGUUUGAUGAAAUGUGUGUGAGGACGAUUGUUUCUUGGAAUUCUGUUAUGACUGCUUGUGUUGAGAAUGUUUGGUUAAGUGAUGGGAUUGAGCAUUUUUUUAAGAUGAGGGAUUGUGGGUUUGAACAGGACGAGACUAGUAUGGUUCUGUUGUUGACUGUUUGUGCCGAGUUGGGUUAUUUGAGCCUUGGAAGAUGGGUUCAUUCGCAGUUGAUUUUGAGAGGGAUGGUUUUGAGUGUUCAGUUAGGUACUGCUCUUGUUGACAUGUAUGGUAAGUCGGGAGAUUUAGGUUAUGCUAGGGUUGUUUUUGAAAGAAUGGAGAAGAGAAAUGUGUGGACUUGGAGUUCUAUGAUAACGGGGUUAGCGCAACAUGGUUUUGCUGAGGAAGCUCUUGUAUUGUUUGAGACGAUGAGUGAUGAAAAGAGAAAUAAUGUUUUACCUAAUUAUGUUACCUAUCUUGGUGUUCUAUGUGCUUGCAGCCAUGCUGGGAUGGUUGACGAGGGUUACCGAUACUUUCGCGAAAUGGAAUUUGUUCAUGGGAUCAAGCCUAUGAUGGUUCAUUAUGGAGCAAUGGUUGAUGUAUUGGGCCGCGCUGGUCUUCUUAGGGAAGCUUAUAGGUUUAUACAGAGCAUGCCUUUUGCGCCCGAUCCAAUUGUGUGGAGGACUUUGUUAAGUGCGUGCACGGUUCAUGAUGAUUGUGACCGUGCGGGGAUAGGGGAAAAAGUAAGAAAGAGGUUACUUGAAAUGGAGCCAAAGAGGGGAGGGAAUUUAGUUAUUGUUGCUAACAUGUAUGCAGAAGAGGGAAAGUGGGAGAAAGCGGCGAACGUGAGGAGGGUAAUGAGAGAUGGAGGGUUAAAGAAGAUGGCGGGAGAGAGUUGCGUUGAUUUGGGUGGUUCUAUGUAUAAGUUCUUUGCAGGGUAUGAUUCUAGCUCACAUUUGGUGCCUGUGUAUGAUCUGCUAGAUGGAUUGAACCUGCACUUGAAGAUGGUUCAUUGAUUUUGUUGUAGAAGUUGCUUUCAAUGAAUUAUAUUUCGAGCUGAAGUUGAAAAUUUUAAAUUCUUUGAUCAUCUACAUAUGGUGGCAACUUUUGAGCAUGUGAUGAAGAAACCAUAACUUUGGGUUUGUGGUUCUGACUUGUUUCGGUGACAUCUUAUACGGUCCUCUCCUCUGUUUACUUUUUGACUCCAAUAAUCAUAUCAUUAUUUUCUGCAAUUCAAUAGAUGAAGACUCCAUGCAUCCAAGUUUUAGCUACCAUUCAAGUCACAACUAUCUAAUUUCAAACAGUCAACUAUCAUCUUCAUAACAAAGUAAGCAUUAUCGUUCUAUCAAUCACACUAAACUCAACUGACAAGAAACAAUAGGCAAAGUUUUCGUCAUCCACCUGAAACAGAGAAAUCCAUACAACUUUUUCCUUAGAUUUUCUUCCCCUCAUUUUUCAAUCAUAUCACAAUUUAUGGUGUUGUUUCCUUCUCUUUUUCUUCAGUUAAAUGUUGAAAUUUCAACAGCUGAAUUUUUUAACAUGAUGCAUAAUCAUUUGGCUUC